UUUCAAGCGGAACAAAAGUCUGGUCACUGCGCCACUGCGAAAAAUAUUCAUGGAUAUCUCGGGAUGUGUCGGGAUUACACUCCAAGUGGUUUAUUAGAGCGCUUCUCUGCUGGCUGUUUUGAUUGCAUUUCACGGCGCGAGAGGAACACUUGAUUGACAGCUAAUGACAAGCUUAUAACCACUCAGGGAUCGUUUUGAUUGGCUGUGCGAGGCUUGCCGCAGGACAGAAGCAUAUACAUUGAUGUUUUACGCAUGUUCAGUGACGAGUGAGAGACUGUGAAUAAGAUCUCAUUGUCCAGUGCCUUAGGGUUAUUCUGUAACAGGGGAUGAGAGCACGAGGCAGCUAUUGACACCGCGUGAUUGAAGUACCGUACAUAUCUUCACGACACACGUGGACAAAGUGUCAACGCGAUUCAAUCUUGCUGGAUACAUUGGAAAAACGCUGGGAAUGUUUUGCAGUCAGAAUAACUCUCAAGUUUUAAAUGAGGAAAUGUCAAGUUUGAAAGUUCAACUGACAUUUUUUAAAACAUGUUUAAUAACUCCAUGAAACACGCAUACGAGUAAGCGUUGACACGUGGAUUAAAAGGUGUAUUAAUAGCGCGAACAUUAUAAUUUCUGGAAAUGAUUUCAAAAUUGUUCUCAUUAUCAAAAUUGAUCUAGUUCUUAUCACUGUUCAUAUCCAUAACUGUCGGUGUUAAAUAUAAUGGAUGGUAUAUACAUUUCUUUAAAAACAUCCAUUCAUGCAAAGCCCGAGACUUGCGUCAUCGGAGUGAACAUUUCAGUCGCAGUUCUAUGCUAAUACGGAGACCCCAUUCACAGAAUCGGACCUCUGAGAAAAGGAGUUUUGCAAUCUUAUCCUGUUGUGUUGGAGCUGAGAAAACAUUUUCCAGCCCCUACUCCCUGAUCAAGAAAUACUGUUCCGUUUUCCAUAUUUUAUGACGCUACCAUCACUACACCCAUGACCCAGAGCGACGGUUUCAAAGAAGAUAUCCAGUCACAUUAUCAACGUUCAAAGACACUGCGCCGGGACAAAGUGUUAGUUUCCAAUCACUGGACAAUUUAUUACUCCAAGUGAAUAAUUUGUCUGUGUUCGCUUUUUCUGCCUUCGUAUAUUUCCCCCAGGAAAUGCCACUCAGCUUGGAGAAUAUUGGAAAUAUCAUACCACCAUGUCUUCAGCGGAAUAUUAGUGUUUGCAUUCGAAGCCAAUAUACAGCAUGAACCCUGCGGGAUGCACGUAUUUCACUUAGAGGUUUUCAUAUUAAGAUACAUUUAGAAAAGUGUAUUCGUGCAAUAGUACAUUUUGAUCAAUAACCUCUGUAUGUAAAUACCAGAUUUUGCACUUGUCAGGGAAAAACUGUUACUGGAAGUGUUCACCACCAAUCACGACGUCGUGCGGGGACCGUGCACUAUUUAUAAAGCUGACAACUGAUGCCACGAUUCGUAAAACUGUGUCUUGGGAUAUUUUUCAAAAUAUUAAAAUCUUUAAAAGCGCAUACAUUCUAGUAUUGUGCCAGUAUUGUGCCAGCUAUUUACAAAUGUAUACCUGGAUCUUGAAGAAUGGUUAUAGUGUCAACUUUGGAUUUUAAUGGUUAGUUUGAAACUGGAAAUAGAUGCUAAGGAUUUGAAUUUCAAAUAGCUCCAUUAUAAGGUCGGAAUCCCUGUACCAACUGGGCGCGCACUUCAGAUAGGGGAUUAUAGGAUCAAGACGGAACCCAGUGACACGGGAUUCUUAUCACAUUGGAUUCAUUUUGUAGACAUGCCGUCUCCGAUCAACGUUGGAGUGAUUCUAUAUGACUGUGAUAUAAGCAUAUAUCUAUUCCUGUUUCUAACUUCGUCACCGUGUUAAGAAAACAAGAAUUCUCAAUUCUUACUUCGUCAUGAGAACUAAUAUAGACAACAUUUUGAUAUACUGAAAUUACUUUCCCUGUCUGUUGACAGGUAUAUCCUCGUGUAAACGGACGCCGAGAUCUCUCGGAAGCGUGAUUCACGGAUGAACGUGUUCUUGUUCAAAUAUUCAACCACGAUCUUGGAGCUGUGGUAAGCCGUGUGCUUUUGCGAGGCUGUCUUGAAAAGGUAGACGAAUCUUUAACAAGCUGGAACCAUCGGCAUGAUAUAUGUGAUCGUUCUUUAUAGAAUGUGCAACUCUACAAGAGCCUAUGUGGUAAUCUAAUACAAAGAAUCACAUUGCAUCUGAACCGUGUAUAAAAUACCGACCCUGUUCCAACACUGUGUUCUUCUGAUUGGAUGCACUGAUUAUUACUGCUAUGUGUGAAUAUAUUCUGUGGAUUAAAAUCAUUCUUGUGUUAUACUAAAUACCACAAAGUCACGUGGUGCCCUGAACGUGAAGUAUCCAUUGUUAGUUUCUGGAACAUAUUCGGAUACUACAGGGUCCUUUUUCAAAAUCACCAUGGAUGUACAUUUGGUUGUGAUCGCGUUCAUGGUUUAUUUAUUUCACUUUUUGGCUUACGUUGAUGGGACAAAGACGCUUAACAUUGCGUGCCUGUUGCCUGCUGAUGACAAAAGAUUGUUUUCAAUAUCACGAGUUGCUCCAGCGUUAGAAAUUGUCGUCAACAGCGAACUUAUAAAACACCAAGUUCUACCAUUUCAUAAGAUAGGCAUCAGUUAUGCUGACUCCCAGUGCUCAAUUUCCCAUGGAAUGAACGAAGCUAUCAACGUGUUCGUUGAUGGCCACGUGGAUGUAUAUUUUGGCCCAUGUUGUGAUUACGCGGCCGCUCCCGUUGCUAGGCAACUACGAUACUGGAACAUCCCCAUGGUAACCGCAGGGGCAAUGGCGCGAGAUUUCGCCCUAUCCAAACUGUUUCAGUUUCCAUUGAUGACGCGAGUUGGGCCAAAUUUUAACUCACUGGUCAGUUUCAUCAUUUCAAUUUUACAAAAGUUUGACUGGAGCAGGGUCAAGCUGGUGUAUGACCCUUUAGGUCAAGCUCACGUGGUGGACAAAUUCUGUCACAUAGCAACAGACGGUGUCCACUACGGACUUCGGAUGCAGAAGGUCAUCAAAGACUUCAAGCAAGAAUACUUCAAGUUUGAUUCAAUCAAGGACAUUUUGAACAAAAUGGCGGUAGAGGUCGGCAAUGAGUUUUCAAUCGUGGUCCUGUGUGCUUCGCCCGACUCCGUGAGAGACAUUAUGAUCCAUGCCCACGACCUCAACUUCGACAACGGGGAAUAUGUCUUCUUCAACAUUGACCUCUUCUCCAGCAAAAAUGAAAGCGAGGCUUCCUGGUAUCGAGAGGAUGAUCCACCGGAAAGAAACGAAAAGGCCCGAAAGGCAUACGAGGCCUUGAUGACGGUGACCCUCCGAAAACCGACAAGUCCCGCUUACAGAAAAUUCUCGGAGGAGGUGAAAAGAAGAGCCCAGGUCAUGUACCCGGAUUUCACGUACGGAGAGGAAGAGGUAAACAGUUUCGUGGGAGCCUUCCAUGACGCCGUCAUCCUGUAUGCCUUGGCCCUGAACGAGACUAUUCAAGCGGGAGGCAAAAUAUCUGACGGUGCCAAUAUAACCAGGCGAAUGUGGAACCGGACCUUUGAAGGCAUCACCGGCACAGUCAGCAUCGACGCCAACGGCGACCGGAACGCCGACUACUCGCUCCUGGACAUGAACCCUGACUCCGGCAAGUUUGAGGUCGUGGCCAACUACUUCGGGAACAAGAAACGAUACGAACCGGUUCCUGGGAAGGAGAUUCAUUGGGCUGGAGGAAGAACUUCUCCCCCGCCGGACGUGCCCAAGUGUGGGUUUGAUGGAGCCAAGUGUCCACCCGAGGAGCCCUUUCCAGAGUACGGCAUCGUGAUCAUUGUCCUGGGUUCCGUGCUGCUGAUCGUCUUGGUGGCCACGUUCUUUAUAUACAGACAUAUAAAGCUAGAGGCAGAGUUAGCGGAAAUGAACUGGCGAGUGAAGUGGGAUGACAUCCUGUUCGGAUCCCCUGGCAAAAAUAAGAAACUUGAUCGGAGCGGAAAGGGCAAAAAUGCUGAGCGGGUCUCGUUCUCCAGCUCCUGUUCGAGGGACACAAUCGCCGUCCUGAACAACGUUGGCAACAGACAGUUGUUUACAAAGACAGGGUAUUACAAGGGCGCUAUCAUAGCCAUCAAACCCAUCUCACGGUCCAGCAUCACAAUACAUAAACCUUUACUGUUGGAGGUCAAAACGAUAAAAGAUUUACAGAAUGACCACGUGGUGCGGUUUAUAGGGGCGUGUCUGGACUCCCCCCACCAGUGUAUACUGACGGAAUACUGCCCCAAGGGGAGCCUACAGGAUGUGUUGGAGAACGACGAGAUACAGCUGGACUGGAUGUUCCGCUACUCCAUCAUGCAGGACAUAGUCAGGGGAAUGGCAUACCUGCACAGCAGUGAAGCUAAGAGUCACGGGAGGUUAAAAAGUACGAACUGUGUCGUUGACAGCAGGUUUGUGGUCAAGAUAACAGACUUUGGCCUCCACUACUUCCGGGAGACGGAUGACGACUUUGAUGAAAUGGACUUUGCGCUGCAACAGAGUAGACUGUGGUCGGGUCCCGAGUUGCUGAAGCAGCAGAACGUCCCGUGCGAGGGAACACAGAAGGGGGACGUGUACAGUUUUGCUGUAAUCUGCCAGGAGAUUGUGUACAGGAAGGGCGUCUUCUAUCUACAACACAUUGACCUAUCUCCACAAGAGAUUUGCCAGAAGGUGAAGACUGGUGUCAAACCCUACUUCCGACCGACACUGGAGGAUUAUGACUGUCCGUGCGACGAGCUGGCUGACGUCAUCAGACGGUGCUGGGCAGAGGAUCCAAUGGAAAGGCCGGAUUUCCAAGCCCUGAAGAGCAUUAUUCGAAAACUUAACAAGGAUGGAGACAAGGGCAACAUCCUUGACAACCUGCUUUCCAGGAUGGAGCAGUACGCCAACAAUUUGGAAGCUCUGGUGGCGGAGAGGACGUCAGACUAUCUGGAGGAGAAGCGGAAGGCGGAGGAUCUACUGUACUCAAUGUUGCCGAAGUCAGUUGCUGGCCAGCUGAUUCGCGGCGAGUCGGUGACAGCAGAGGCCUUCGAGUGCGUUACUAUCUACUUCAGCGACAUCGUCGGGUUCACAGCCAUGUCAGCGGAGAGCACCCCUAUGCAGAUAGUUGAUUUCCUUAACGACCUGUACACGACGUUCGACUCCAUCAUAGAGAACUUCGAUGUCUAUAAGGUGGAGACGAUAGGCGAUGCCUAUAUGGUAGUAUCGGGUAUGCCGGUACCCAACGGAAACGUGCACGCCCGGGAAAUCGCCCGAAUGUCUCUUGCACUACUUAACGCUAUCAAGCACUUCCGUAUACGUCACAGACCAGAGGAACACCUCAAGCUCCGGAUAGGGAUACACACAGGAGGUGUCUGUGCAGGCGUGGUCGGGCUCAAGAUGCCGAGGUACUGUCUGUUUGGAGACACGGUGAACACCACGUCCCGGAUGGAGUCUAACGGUCUACCUUUGAAGAUCCACUUAAGCCAGCAGACCAAAGAUGUGCUAGAUCAUUUCAGAACCUUUGAUGUGGAACUCCGAGGACAAGUGGAGAUGAAAGGGAAGGGAGCACAGACAACGUACUGGCUGGUGGGGGAGACACCAACAUCAGCAACAUCCUGACCUGCAUCACCCUUGUCAUAACAACUGGCAUAUACAAUGUUCUAUAUAGUGCUGCUUUCACACUCUCAAGGAGAGACCGGUGUCGGUAUACUUUUGAAACCUCAAGGAUUACAUUCAGUAUGGUACUGGGUAUUCUACAAUAACAUGGAUGGUAUUGAGUAGUGCUGCCAUAUCAUGGAUGGCACAAGGUAGAGCUGAACUACCAUGGAUGGCGGUAGGUCGUGCUGCAGUACCAUGGCUGAUAUAUUGGCAAGGGCUACAAUACCAUGGAAGUCACUGGAUAGUGCGACAGAUGAACCUGGACGUUUUUUUUCGGUGAAAUAUCCAUGUUUAUCAUGGAUCAAGCACUCAGACUGCAAUGGCUGUGAUUGACCCAGUAGACAGUUUAUGUAUAACCCCCGAUACGUCUGGCCACUGACAAUGAGUUCCUGACACUGACAUGAGAACUGACAGAGUUGUGGACGCCGAAAGGUUUAAUAUACGUUGUUUCUACACCAGUGAGGAGAGCGAGUAGUUGAAUCAGCUGGGAAAUGUCAUUCACCAUUUCCAGGUGGACACAGGUCGGCAAGCUGCACUAGUGGAUGGAUAUCAGCCUGUCUUUGGAGGACGUCUUUAGUCAUGUUUGGACAAUUCAGUCGCAUAUAUUGUAUUAAUGUCUAUGUUCGGACGAAUACGACCAUCGUGAUUGAAUACCUAUCUUAAAUGUAAUAAACAUGGCUUUGGUAAAUAUUUAAACAGCCUGAGGACAAGGUAUUGGAGUUCACACCUAGUGUUGUAGUGGCACAUGUUACAGAGACAAGGUGGCUUGCUGGAUAGAUGAUCAGGUGAUAGUCAUAUCGUUGCAGAAUACACCGACUGAACACAUGCUGAACAACCCACAAUGUUCUUUAAGAGGGAACAACGAAAAACUAAAAACGUAAUGAUGGAAGGACAAGAGACAUGCUGGGAUGUUGACUUCCGAUUUGUGUUGUCACGUUAUAGAACCCCGGGUAUAGUCACACUGGAUAUAAACUCAUACAGUGGGACAAGAUGAAGUGGCCAGUGUGUUGGACAAAGCUAUACAUCCUAGGAUACAAACAUCUAUCUGAACCUUGACGUAUACAGUUAUUGGUUGUGGGUCUGUGUUCUUGUCAGUAUUCCUCUAUGUGAUAACCGUGGCACAAAGAAUGUGAUUUACUUGUUUGCACAAAAUCUAUAUUGACUUGAAAUGACAAGGAAUGGGCCACUGAAGGAGAACAGUAUUUAUCCGUCGACUUGAUGGGCCGCUUGGUGAAAAUUCAACAUAUCGUGGAAUACGUCAUCGAUAUCGAAUGAAAAUGUAUGAAUUGAAUGUUUUGAAUAUGUAUGUAUUUAUCCACCAGACACUAAGCGUGUACACGCUUGUCCUUCCGUCUCCAGGUGUUUGUGUGUUGACUUUGCAAAACGUACAAACUUGUUUUAUUUAUAUAUUCUGUAUGUGUUUCGUAUUACAAUGGCUGUGAGUCAUCGACUUGUUUCAGAAGAUGUCAACCUGGUUCAUCAAAUCAAGACGAGGUUCUUAUUACUGUAUCAAUUUUACCGUUGUUAGUUGUAUUUAUUCAAUGUUUAGUGAAUUUUUACGAAGGUCAGCCGCUUGGUUUAAAGAUGUAUCGUUCAGUCAUUGUAUUGAUGGAAUCCCUCGCAUGGAUUAAAAUUCCUUCAUUCACUUCUAUUUCAUAAUGAUAUUGUUAUGAAGCUACGAUAGUUCAUCUCGAAAUUCCUAACAUCCAAUAUUCGACAUUUAAAUAAUUGCUGACACGGAACCGACAAUGUGCUAUUCUCGAUGUUCAUCGAAAAAAACAAAUUGUCUCUGAAAUGCUUUGAAAAAAAAUAUUUAUGUUUCAGACUGUUGAUGACCCCCUCCCUCCCCUCCGACCCCCAACACACACAAACACAAACACACACACACACACAGAGACAGACAGACAGACAGACAGACAGACACACGCACACACACAGGAUCCAAUUUGAAUUUAAGCGAUACCACUUCAUGAUGUACACGAUUCUCAUUGUUCAUACUUAUGACUGGACGGUGCGGAAGCUUCAGUGGUAACAUGAUCAACCUUUGACUUUCCAGGUCUAAUCACAGAUUCCUGAUCAUGUCAAAACCAUACCUGUCUGUCCCCACUGGCUACGUCUUGGGGGAGGAGGGGGGUAGCCUAGUGGUGUAAGCGCUCGCUCUUCGCGCCGAAGACCCGGGUUUGAUUGCCGACAUGGUACAAUGUGUGAAGCCCAUUUCUGGUGUCCCCCGUCGUGAUAUUGCUGGAAUAUUACUAAAAUCGGCGUAAAACCUACUCACUGUAUACGUCUUGGAACCGCCACAAUCUGAACAGUCCUCGUACUUUAGGCAGACACGCCGCGAUAUAACUACUGUUGGAGGAUGCAUUGUUCACUGGAAGACAUUAUUUAACGAUAGGGUAGGCUUGCGGUUAAUACGGUCACCCUAUUACACAAAGGAACCGGCGACAAUACACUUAGAUCCGGUGACGACCAGAUCAGAUGACUCUAAAAGCGGAGUCAACCUCGUCCAUUCACGUCUUCAUACAUAUGAGGAUAUUGUGAUCUAAUAACGCCCUGUCUUUAGCCGUAUGUCGCUGUUCAUGACGUCACAGUAUUUAUACUUCUCGUCCGACGUUGAUGUAUGCGCUGAACGUCACUUCAUUAGAUCUGUGAGGAUGUGCUGAACGUCACUUCAUUAGAUCUGUGAGGAUGUGCUGAACGUCACUUCAUUAGAUCUGUGAGGAUGUGCUGAACGUCACUUCAUUAGAUCUGUGAGGAUGCGCUGAACGUCACUUCAUUAGAUCUGUGAGGAUGUGCUGACCGUCACUUCAUUAGAUCUGUGAGGAUGUGCUGAACGUCACUUCAUUAGAUCUGGGAGGAUGUGCUGAACGUCACUUCAUUAGAUCUGUGAGGAUGCGCUGAACGUCACUUCAUUAGAUCUGGGAGGAUGUGCUCAACGUCACUUCAUUAGAUCUGUGAGGAUGCGCUGAACGUCACUUCAUUAGAUCUGGGAGGUGCUGAACGUCACUUCAUUAGAUCUGUGAGGAUGCGCUGAACGUCACUUCAUUAGAUCUGUGAGGAUGCGCUGAACGUCACUUCAUUAGAUCUGUGAGGUGCUGAACGUCACUUCAUUAGAUCUGUGAGGAUGUGCUGAACGUCACUUCAUUAGAUCUGUGAGGAUACGCUGAACGUCACUUCAUUAGAUCUGGGAGGUGCUGAACGUCACUUCAUUAGAUCUGGGAGGAUGCGCUGAACGUCACUUCAUUAGAUCUGUGAGGCUGUGCUGAACGUCACUUCAUUAGAUCUGUGACGAUGUGCUGAACGUCACUUCAUUAGAUCUGGGAGGAUGCGCUGAGCGUCACUUCAUUAGAUCUGUGAGGAGGUGCUGAACGUCACUUCAUUAGAUCUGGGAGGAUGCGCUGAACGUCACUUCAUUAGAUCUGUGAGGCUGUGCUGAACGUCACUUCAUUAGAUCUGUGACGAUGUGCUGAACGUCACUUCAUUAGAUCUGUGAGGAUGCGCUGAACGUCACUUCAUUAGAUCUGUGAGGAUGCGCUGAACGUCACUUCAUUAGAUCUGGGAGGCUGUGCUGAACGUCACUUCAUUAGAUCUGUGAGGAUGCGCUGAACGUCACUUCAUUAGAUCUGGGAGGUGCUGAACGUCACUUCAUUAGAUCUGUGAGGAUGCGCUGAACGUCACUUCAUUAGAUCUGGGAGGCUGUGCUGAACGUCACUUCAUUAGAUCUGGGAGGAUGUGCUGAAUGUCACUUCAUUAGAUCUAGGAGGAGGUGCUGAACGUCACUUCAUUAGAUCUGGGAGGUGCUGAACGUCACUUCAUUAGAUCUGUGAGGAUGCGCUGAACGUCACUUCAUUAGAUCUGUGGGGAUGUGCCUAACGUCACUUCAUUAGAUCUGUGAGGAGGUGCUGACCGUCACUUCAUUAGAUCUGGGAGGUGCUGAACGUCACUUCAUUAGAUCUGGGAGGUGUUCAUAGAGACUGCUUUAAACAGGUUUCUCGGGUACAUAUUUCUUUGAUGUGAGGAGGGAUCAAUUGUCGUUUCCCAGCAAGCAUACAAACAGACACUACUAGGUAGACAUUGAACUCUGCUCUUAUAAAUGUCAGGCAUGGGUGACUGUCUGUUCCAUAGGACAAAAGGAAAGUACAUUAAUACUGGCAAUAAAAAUGACUGACGUACAGAAUGUUAAGUAACCAAUGAUCAAGUGAGACAUUUUCCAAAAUGAAAAACAAAUAUUUCCGUUGAUUCCAAUGGCAUUCACGUUAUGGUCGAUAGAGAGACGAGCCUUACGCAAAGAGGCGAGUGGUGUCGAAUGGUGUCCUGGAUGUGGACAAUCAUUGCCUCUCAGUUCAGUGCGUGUAGCUGCACCUUAGGUAGGCGGGUAGUCUACAGGUUAACGCGUCGACUCGUCGCGCCGAUGACCAAGGUUUUGGUUUCCGCAAUGGAUACAUUACUCAAAAAACAUCUUUGAAUUCAAUGUUUUGACAUGGCUGUAUCGUAACCGCAAGCUGUGUCAUACUUUCCAUCACGUACUCCAGGCUAUUUCAGCACAGCAGCUAUUUGCCACAGCCACAAUCUUGCCCAACCUGCCCACAAUAAAAUUCAUUUUACAGAAACGAAGGAAAAGGAUUGUAUAUGAAAGAAAUAACACGAUAAAGAAGGAGACGUCUUGAAGUUGUACUUAGGUCAAUGUCAGUAUGGCCAUGUUGAAUAUCUAGUCUCCGCGAGUAUUAUUCUACUUGUGUGGAGUUGAACGAGUAAGUUAUAUAUGUUAAAUAAACAGUUUCAACGCAAAUUGAAAUUAAACAUACUUUCUGUGAUA